AUGUCCUCCGAACUCCAGAUCAUCAACGUACACACGCCUGCGAACUCGUUCGCCAUACCGCACUCACUCACGGAGGACUCGUUUCAAUCGCUUCGUGACUCCCUCACGCGGAAAGUCAGUGCCGAAUACGAUAGAGCCCACAUUGCCCCAGGCUGGGUGAAGUAUGAGUGGAAUGGGUCGGUAUGGAGCCUAGACGAUGACAGCGAUUACACGAUCUUCUCGUGGAGACAGAAGUCGACAGCGCAACAAGCUGGUCCGUCAAGGAUGUCCGUCGACACCACCCCGACUUUGCACAUUCACGACCCAUCGAGACCGUUGCCACCCCCAACAGCCUACCGCAAUGCGUCAUUCUACCUGUUCAGGCGCUCGGCCUCCCCAAAGCCACCGAGUACGUCCACGCGCAGAUCGCGUGGAGGCGCUGACUCGGUGAAGAGUGGCAAGUCGCAUAUGACCAAGGCCGAGCGAGCUGGUGUACCGCAGUACAAAUACGAGUUCGACAAGUUCCACAGUGAGAAUGGUGUCCGCACUGUUAUCGGCACGAUAGGCUCCGUGAAUAAUGUGCGCAUGUUGUUGAAAGAGGGCCAUCGUCACAUAUACCUCUCUCGCAAAUUCGCUAUUCGUCAUGGAUUUGUCCCAGGAGAUGCCGAGCCUGGCUUUUAUGGCUACAGUGGGCUGGUGAACAUUGGCAAAUGGCCUAUAUCUAUCGGCCCUACGCCCUGCCUUGACGGUCGGAUACCCACCAAGAUUACACACACCGUGUUCCUCGCUGAAGAGUCGCACUUCGACGUGAUCCUUGGUCGCUCCUUCUUCGAGGCAAGGCGGAUCAAGACCAAUCCUUUAGAUCCUACAGACGUGGUUUGUGGCGACACUGGAGAGAAACUCGAUGUGGAGGUUGUCGUGCUCCGCGAUGGGCGUGGCGAAAUCGUCACUGUGACCUAGCACACUCGUCGUGCAUGCUUGCACCCAUGAUCCGCUUUAUGAAUGUUGCUGCUGCAGACCUCGGUCGACGCCUGUCCCGUCUUCUGACAGUGUGGUUAUUCUGUAGUACCUAUAAAUUGAAGGAUCAAGAGACCCUCGUGAUUCCGAGAACCCUCUGCAGCACUCGCCAACAUCGGCCUCAUGUUCACUUGGACGCAUUCCGCACUGAGCACCGGUAGACUGAUGUUCUCCGAACCUAGAAUCGUCCUACGCAUUACAUACAGUCCUGCGAACGCGUAUGUAACUGUCUGCGGCAACAACGGCAUCUUUCGGCUCCCUAGGACUGUGCAGAUGCUCCAGGCUCCUGCUGCCGGCGCCUGCACUGCUGCCUAAGCUCAUAUGCCGCUUUCACCCGGACGGUCUCCUCACAGCGCUUCACGAUGGAUCAUUGUUCAUCCUUGGACAGACUGCUCCCCGAUGAACUGCUUGCACUAGUCUUUCAACUCGGACAAGCCCUCCCUUGCAAACUCCACUCCG